AUGGCAGUGACUGAACAUCGGAACCUCAAGUCGGCCAUCAUUAUUGUAACUACUGGAUUCAUUGUUGGAAACUGUGCCAUUUGCACACUGGGAUGGCUGAAACAUGGCUCUUCUUGCUACAAGUUUGCAAGUGAUAAGAUGACUUGGGAGAAUGGAAGCACAUACUGCCAAGAUCUUGGUGGGAUGCUGUUGGUAAUUGAGUCAGAAGAAGAGAAUGACUUCAUCACCGGAAAACUGAGAAAUCUCAAUAUGAUAAGGGCUUGGCUUGGUUGCAGUGAUAAAGACUCAGAGGGCACAUGGAUGUGUUAUGCUGAUGAAGGCAUAACAAGAAUGCAGUAUGAGAACUGGGCAGAUGAGAAACCAAACAACUUUCGUGGCCAAGAUUGUGGAGUAAUAGAGAAAAAUAAAGAUGGCAAGUGGAAAGACAGAGGUUGCAACAUUCUUAGGAGCACCAUAUGUGAGAAAAGCAGUAGAGUCUCUACCAUGUCCUGCUAUAGUUUGGAUUCAGAUGGCCGCUUUUACCCCUAA